AUGAAAUAAUUUGUUAACCCAGUUUUUCAGCCUGUAGAUCACUCUAUGUCAAUGAGUUAUCAUAGAUCUGAAUACGUACCCAAGAUUCCUCAACCUACAAUAGGACCAGAAUUGCCUUGCGAAUUUGAAAAAAUAUUUUCAUCAGAAACAGACAUUUCAUCCAGGCUUAAUGAUAGCAUGAUACAACCAUUUGAUAAUCGCAAUUUUUACAUUGAUUAAUCGCCUGCUUAUAGGGGAACAACCAAAAGUCAAUUCCAUAAUAACACUCUAUCCAUUACGUAGGUAGUUGAGUACAAAAAAUAUAAUUAAGAAAUCAUUAAAUAUUCAGAGGACGAUAGUUUGAUAAAUUCAUCAUUUUUUGGCGUUCUUAAUUAGGAGAAUUUCUCUAGACCAUUAUAAUAGAUGGAUUCAAUUUACAGGAAAUUUGAAGAGCAGAGUUAAUUCAAUCAUAACACAAAAAUGCUUAAACACUUUGCGACGAGGAGUUGA